AUUCCACAGCAACCUUAGCUUCAAAAAGAUCUCCUGAAAAGGGCUUCGGAUGGAGAAGAGAAGAAGCAUUAAUAGAAGCAAGCAAUAACAAUAACAAUAACGAACUAGCAGCACACCAGCUUGCAGGAAUUGUACGGUGAAGAAUAUGGGGUGGCCGUGGCUCUUUCAUCUUUUCCUUCUUUCUUUGAUUUGUCUUUCUGUUUCUAGUGAAGAAUCCAUUGAGCUACUAAACCUAUGUGAAACAAGUGAAGAUGUUUUACAAGCAUCAUCUCAAGAUUCAGACCUAUCCUUAGCUAUUUCCAUAAGUUAUGGAGACAUCAAUGGCGUCUCAAGCAACAUCUUAAUGGCAGAAACUUGGCUCAAAACCAACGUUCUUGCACACUACCCUGCCGUGAGGAUCACCACCAUAGUCAUAAACUUGGAUCUUUGUAACCUCGGUGUCAAAAACAACAACUACAAUCAUGAGAGAAAGUUGAAUUUGGUUCUUCCUUCUUUGAAGAACAUUUAUCACUCUCUAAAGAGAUGGGGUUUGGAAAAUGACAUCAAAGUUUCAAUUUCUUUCUCUUUGGAUUGUUUCCCAAUCCACUCUCUUCGCCAUUUGAAAAUGGCGAAAUAUAAUCUCAAGCCACUGUUAGAGUUCCUUCAAAGUGUGAAUUCCACCUACUCUUUAAUCCCUCAUUCCGGAUUCUCUCAUUUCUCGCAGCAGAGUUUGAGUCUGGUGUCUUCUCAUUUAGAUUUCAUGAAAAACCUAGGGUUUCUUAAUCUUAAAAAGGUUAAUGUUUUAGGCAUUGCUUCAAAAAUUAGAAAGCUUUCAGAAAUUUCUGAACCACCAAUAAUGGAAGCAGACUAUCCCUCUCUUGGUGGCUACGCAAUAAAAAACCCUAAUUUUCCUCCAACUGGUGCUCCAUCAAAAUCACCUUUGCCUUCGCCUUCGCCUGCGCCUUCGCCGAAUUCUUUCAAUACUCUUCCUCCCUGUAAGCCAAUAGGGCAUCAUGGGUCGCCGGAGGCGGAACUAGAGCAGGCGCAGAAGUCGUGGUGCGUGGCGAAGCCGAGUGUUCCGGCGCAGAAGCUGCAGCAGGCGUUGGAGUAUGCUUGUGGAGAGGGUGGUGGUGAUUGUGAGGAGAUUCUUCCAACAGGGAAGUGUUACAACCCUGAUAGUGUGGUUGCUCAUGCUUCUUAUGCUUUCAACAGUUACUGGCAAAAGAAUAAGAGGAAUGGGGGAACAUGCUACUUUGGUGGAACUGCUAUGUUGGUUAAUUCUGACCCAAGUUUCCUUCACUGCCGGUUUAUUCUCAGCUAAAUACAGGGCAGCAAAUGAAAGAAGUAUGGCUUUUAAUUAAUUUCUUUGUUAAUAUUAUGAAGUUUUGUGUUGCAAACUGGUAGCUCAAUAAUAUUAUAGAAACAUGGAUCAACUUAGUGUGAAAUGUGAUAAUGGAUUUUUUU